CCAAAAAAAAAAAACAAAAAGAAGAUAAAUUGAUUGAACCAUCAUUUUACCAAAGGAAUAGAGGUUUUCAGUUUUCAGCAGGGUCUGAUAAUUGCCCUUUUUUUGUUUUGUGUUUGAUGCUUUAAAAUCACAGUUAAAAUUCUGGGGAAAGAAUAUACUAUGAUGGUCAUGGGUUUUCAAUGGCGUCUGCAAUCGUAAAACCCAGUUUUCCAUGGCUUUUUCCUUUUGUCAUUUUCUUUUCUCUGUCUCUCUCUCUUUCGGUUUUAGUAAUUAUAUUAGACGUUACAUUAUUGUCCAACUAAAAUUCAAUUAGUGUUAAGGCUUCUCCUUGUUUUGGGUGUUGUUUUUGUUUCUCUUAUUUAUUUUGGAUAAUCUUGAGCAUUUUCCCUAGUAAAAGUUUCUGGCACUUGCAUGGUGGGUUUCCUGGAUGAAUUAUAAUCGUUACAGCUAGGGGAGGUGGUGUGAUGGCGGCCAAGAAGGCGUGUGAGUCUUUUUCCAAGAGCUUAAUUGAGGAUGUGCAUAAAUGGGGUUGCAUGAAGCAGACAGGGGUGAGCUUGAGGCACAUGAUGGAGUUUGGGUCCAAACCCACUGACCGGAACUUGUUGAUUUCGGGUCAGUUCCUCCACAAGGAGCUCCCCAUUAGGAUUGCUCGUAGAGCCAUUGAGCUUGAUACCCUCCCUUAUGGCCUUUCUGAAAAGCCUGCUACCUUGAAGGUCCGAGACUGGUACUUGGAUUCCUUCCGUGACCUAAGAUCUUUCCCUGAGAUCAAAGAUAUAAAUGAUGAGAAGGAAUUUACACAAAUGAUCAAGGCUAUCAAGGUGCGACACAACAACGUCGUCCCUACAAUGGCUUUGGGGGUUCAACAGUUGAAGAAAGGAAUGGAUCCCAAGAUUGUUUAUGAGGAUCUUGAUGAGAUUCAUCAGUUUCUCGAUCGGUUUUACUUGUCACGGAUCGGAAUCCGCAUGCUUAUUGGGCAGCACGUCAAGUUGCAUAAACCAAAUCCUGCUCCACAUGUUGUGGGCUAUAUACAUACAAAAAUGUCUCCAGUGGAGGUGGCAAAAAAUGCUAGCGAGGCUGCACGUGCUAUUUGUUUGCGCGAAUAUGGGAGUGCACCUGAUAUUAAUAUCUACGGCGAUCCUAGUUUUACAUUCCCUUACGUUCCAACACACUUGCAACUUAUGGUAUUCGAGUUGGUAAAAAAUUCCCUGCGUGCUGUCCAAGAGCGCUUUAUGUAUUCGGAUAAAGUUGCACCACCUGUUCGAAUAAUAGUUGCCGAGGGAAUCGAGGAUGUAACUAUAAAGAUCUCAGAUGAGGGGGGUGGCAUAAAAAGAAGUGGUCUUCCCAAAAUUUUCACUUACCUUUAUAGCACUGCCAAAAACCCCUUGGAUGAGUAUACAGAUCUUGGGACAGAUGAUAGAAUAACAAUGGCAGGAUACGGUUAUGGAAUACCUAUAAGCCGCUUGUACGCAAAGUAUUUCGGAGGGGAUCUUCAAGUUAUCUCCAUGGAAGGAUAUGGGACUGAUGCAUAUCUUCAUUUGUCUCGUUUGGGAGACUCACAAGAGCCAUUGCCAUGAUUCUCUUUCUCUACUUGGUCUGCACCGCCAGGAGGGAAAUAUAGCGAUGAACAAGGGGGGCCGGGGGGGGGGGAAUUUUAAUGUAUCAAAGUGUUUGUAUUAAAAUAAAUAUUGUAUAAUCCAAGUACAAUCACCUCACCUCCUGCAUAGUUUUCUUAUUUCCAGCUGGUGGAACAUUGUUUUCAAUGUCGAAACAUGGAACCAAAUAGUGUUUUUCAAGGCCAACAGUCUUGAUUCAAACAUGUAACUUGGUAUGCUUCGAUGCUAUCCAGCUUCUACGAAACAAAUGACUUUAAGAAGUAAAGAGAUUGAGGUCAUACCUUUUCAGUUGCAA